AUGGCACCAUUUGAGGAUUAUGGGUUCUUGUGCCCUCCUAGUAACGAGGAAUAUGAACCAGUCCAGCGCACACCUUCCAACUACAAUCCUCUUGAUACAUUUAAACUCCCAGCUGGAGAGGCAAGACACUACAGGCAGCAAUAUGGUGAUAUGUACUUCUUACGUCUGGCCAAGCUAAAGCCCGCUGUGGAAAAAGUCGCUAAGGAAGCAUGGGAUGGAUUCACGAUUGCUGGAGAGAAUGCACGAUCUGUGAACCGAGUACUCGAUGUGCGACAGGGAGAGUUGUGCUGGGUGACUGGUACGGUGUACAUGAAUAUGCCCUUGAAACCUAAUAUUCUGGAAGAUCUGACAAAAGAGAACUUCACAAUCGCACCUCUUCCCCGCCGUACCUAUAUUGACCCUUCUAAUCCGUCAGCGACUGAGAUUACAGUGGAAGACGAAUCAGGCCGUGUUCGCCUGACUGGCGCCUUCCUAUCAUCUAUACAUCUUACCACCGGUGUUGUUAUCGCAGCACUGGGAACUGAGAACUCAAGUGGAGAUUUCGAGGUCAUCGAUAUCAAGGUCCCAGAUCUGCCCCAACAACCUGCCCGCUGGGAGAGAGAUGAGGCAACCAAAACGAGUGUCGCUAAGGAACAUGGCAAGAUUGCGUUCGUCAGUGGGUUAGAAAUCACGGGCACAUCAAGCGACAGUCUCACGUUAGAGCUGCUGACAGAUUAUCUCCUGGGGUAUACCGGGUUCUCUGGCAAUGAACAGAACAGCCCAUCCUCAUCCGCAUCGAAGAUUUCACGACUGGUGAUUGCAGGUAAUUCACUUGGAGCCAGCGUAACCAAGGCUGCAGACUCGGCAGAAGGGGUACCUAAGAAAGCCGCACCGAGGAAAUACGGCUAUGACGCCUCAGCAUACAAUGCUUCCCCUAUCACCAGACUGGACAAUUUCCUCGCGAAUAUCCUCCCUAGUAUUCCGGUGACUCUAAUGCCCGGUGAGAAGGAUCCGGCAAACGUCUCUCUUCCUCAGCAGGGUAUUCAUCGUGCUAUGUUCCCACAGUCAAGAGCAUACGCCGCGGCCCCGAAACCUGAUGAGGAGAACCCGGAACCAGGCUGGUUCGACAGUGUUACAAACCCAUGGGAGGGCGAUAUAGAAGGAUGGCGACUAUGGGGCACUAGCGGGCAGAAUGUCGACGACGUUUUGCGGUACCUAGACUUCCCUGCCGAUGAUACUGAUGGGGUCAAGGAAACAGACGAUUCCGAAGCUCGACUACGAAUCAUGGAAGCCAUGCUCCGAUGGCGCUGCGGCGUUCCUACAGCGCCAGACACGAUUUGGGCAUACCCUUUCCAAAUCACUGACCCCUUUAUAUUUGAAUCCUGCCCGCACAUUUUCUUCGCAGGGAAUCAACCAUCGUUCAAAACUGCUGUCAUCGAUGGUGAUAUUUCCCUGCGUCUGGAUACAGGCGAUACCGAAAUGACGGGUACUGGUGAAUCAUCUGCCCGUGUGCGACUACUCACGAUCCCACAGUUCAGCAAGACCGGGGAGUUGAUUCUCGUCGAUUCGGAGACUCUGGAGGUUGAAGUGAUUCGUUUUGAUACGUUUUCAGGUCAUGAAGAGAAAAAAUGA